CACGGCUCUUCUCCCUCAUUCUCUCCCAGUCACUUCUCUUCUCAUCUCCCAGUCGAUGCUUUGCUCUUCUCCUCUCCUCUCCAGUCGAUGCUGCUCUUCUCCUCUCCCAGUCGAUGCUCUGCUCUUCAUCCUCAUCGACUCAAGCUCCGGCCAUCUUCCAUAAACCACCACGAGACCGUGAGUCGAGAGUGAACAUAUUCAUAUUCAUCUCGCAUCAAAUCCAGAUCUCGAAAUCCUCUGCAUCUCGAUCUGUUGGUUUUAACCAUGAAAAAACAUUGAUUUUGCUGACCUAAUUUCAUUUCUCCAGAAUAUGACACCUCUCCUAUGUGCAUUUCUUAAUCAAGUCAAGGAAAAGAUAGGGAAUAAUAGUUUUUGCUGCACGUUCGGCUCACAACAAAUUCUCCUGUCAUGUGUCACCGACGAGCUGAAGUGGAAGCUCCACGAGAGCAGACAAAAAAGCAGCAAGACCUUUGUGAGGUUUGAGAUGCCUUAUAAUAUAUGGUGUGGAGGAUGCAAUUCUACGAGUGCAAAGGGUGUUCGGUUCAAUGCAGAGAAGAAGCAAGUUGGGAAUUACUACUCUACAAAGCAAAACAAUGCAAGUAAUUUCCCUUCCGAGCUGGAUAUUUUCUAUGGGAAACAUAUGUUGUUCAAAGUUGAAGUAGCUGAGGGAAAUCUUAUACAUAAUUGACAUAGCUAUGUGGUGAAGCGAAUCACUGAUGAUGGAUGAUGUGGAUAUGAUAAAAAGGUUCAUGGUAUUUCAUAAUAUCAAGGUUGAGGGCGUUGAUUCAUCCAAGUCUGCCGUUAAUCAAAAGGACACUGAUGUCAUCCAGGUUAAUGAUCGUGAGAAAGAGGAUGAACAGACGCCUUGCAGCAAAGUUGUAUGGAAAAGAUCAGCUGAGAAAGGUGUUUCAGAUGUGACAGCUUAUAAGUUGGAUGGGGACGAAUCUGCCACAAAAUCUAUCAAGCUGAAGUGUGUGAAGCUUGAGCCUAAAAAUUAGGAUGAGUGUCAUGAUGCAGUCCCUUAAUUAUAUUAAUUUUACAAUUGCCUAGAAAUUUUUGUUUAUGUAUUUUUCUCUAUUGUUUUUGUUUCUUGAAGUACUAUUUGUUCGUUGUCCUUUAAGCGCCGGUUAUGGUGUAUGACAUUUCAUAUCCUUAUUUUGUUUAAUUCGAAUUUUAUCGUUUCUUGAA